AUGAAGGCGGGAAAAUUUACGCAAUCUUUUGGACAAAACUAUCCGGAGGAAUUCGAUGGAGCAUUAGACUGUAUUUCUUUAGCUGUAACUUGUUCGUUUAAUAAAAGAGGAACACUAUUAGCUGUUGGAUGUAACGAUGGAAGAAUUGUUAUUUGGGAUUUUUUAACUCGAGGAAUUGCUAAAAUAAUUAGUUCCCAUGUUCAUCCUGUUUGUUCUUUAAGUUGGUCGAGAGAUGGAUACAAACUAUUAUCGGCAUCAACCGAUAAUAAUGUAUGUAUAUGGGAGAUUCUCAGUGGAGAAUGUACACAAAAAUAUAGAUUUCCUUCACCAAUUUUAAAAGUUCAAUUUCAUCCUAGAAAUGACAAAAUGUUUUUAGUUUGCCCAAUGAGACAUGCUGCUGUUUUGGUUGAUGUCGAUGGCGAACAUCAAAUUGUACCUUUAGACGAAGAUAAUGAUCUGAAUAUAGUGGCAUCAUUUGAUAGAAGAGGAGAAUAUAUAUAUACUGGAAAUUCCAAAGGAAAGGUUUGCAUUUAUCAAACUACCGAUUUAACACUAAAAUCGUCUUUUAAAGUCAUGCUUGGAACUGCGAGUACGACAAGUAUAAAAAGUAUAGAAUUUGCUAGGAGAGGAGAAUGUUUUUUAGUAAAUACAGCUGAUAGAGUUAUAAGAGUGUAUAAUGGAUCUGAAGUAAUUGGGUCUGGUAGAGAUGGAGAACCUGAACCUGUUCAAAAACUCCAAGAUUUAGUUAACAAGACAACAUGGAAAAAGUGUUGCUUUUCCGGUGAUGGAGAAUAUAUUUGUGCUGGUUCAGCUCGACAACAUGCUUUGUACAUUUGGGAAAAAGCUACUGGAGUUUUAAUGAAAAUUCUUCAUGGUACCAAAGGAGAAGUUUUGCUUGAUGUUGUGUGGCAUCCUGUGAGGCCUAUCAUAACAUCAAUAUCAUCUGGUGUAGUUUCAGUUUGGGCUCAGAAUCAGGUAGAAAAUUGGUCUGCUUUUGCUCCUGAUUUUAAAGAAUUGGAUGAAAAUGUCGAAUAUGAAGAAAAAGAAUCUGAAUUUGAUAUUGAUGAUGAAGAUAAAUCAAUCGAAGCUGGUCCUCAGCAUGAGGAUGAAGAUUUAGAGGUGGAUGUUUGCACAAGGGAAAAAGUAGCUGCUUUUUGUAGUUCCGAUGAGGAUGAAGAAGAUUUGUCAUCUCUUCAAUUUUUACCCAUUGCUCCUGAAGUUGAGGAUCCCGAAGAUGGAUGGCAAGCUACUGGAGUUCCAGAUCAUACUAUAGAAAAAGAAAAAGAAAGCAAAGAAAACACUUCGCCGCCUGUCAAAAAAAAAAAGUAUAAAUCAUAUGAUGUAAAAUUGGAGGGGCCUCCUUGUGAAGAAACUCAUCCUUUGCUUAUACAAUGGAGAUCGAAAGAAAAAACUUCUGCUGGAAAGAAACCACUAAAACCUAGAUCGGAGAAAAGACCCAAUAAGUGA